AUGGAACCGGAUCCUGCGUCUCCCCUUGCUGCAGCAGUGGUGGCGCUGCGUCUGCUGGCUGCUGCUCCUGCAGCUUCAGACAGCCGCAAGGACCUCGCCAAGCAAGAGUUGCUGCGGCGGAUAGAGUUGUUGCUGCAGGAGCAACAGCUACAGCAACAGGAACAGCAGCAGCAGCAGCAGGAACAGCAUCAAUGGAGCCAGCGAGUGCAAUUGGACCAGCAACACGGGCGGCGUACGCAAAAAGAGCGUGAGCACCACCAACAGGAUCAGCAGCAGCAACAAGAGCAGCAACAGCAACAGGGACAGCAGCUGCAGCAACAGGAACAGCAGAAGCAGGAGCAAAAGCAGCAACAGCAAGAGCCUCAGGAAUGGGUGUGGCAGUGGGGAAGCGACAUCACGACACAGAAGGAGCUGUUAGAGCAGCUGGAGGAGUCAUUGUUGCUGCUUUGCUGCCAGCAGCCCCCUCCUGUGUUGCAGCAGCAAUUGCUGCGAUUGCUGCUGUUGCUAGUGCAUUCCACUGAUGAUUGUGGGGUUUGGCACCGUGUUGCUGCUCGGCUUCUGGCAGCAGCAGGUGAAGGGCUACACUUGUCCCCUUCAGUAUCUGCUCCCCUAGCCGCAGCUGCUGCACCGCCGCAGACAGCAGCUGCAGCGGCAACAGCAACUGUGGGUGGUGUAGGUGCAGCAGGCACCAACAAGGUAUUCUCUCCUCUCCCUCCGCUGCUGUUGUGUGGGGAGUUGUUUAAGGCCUGCCCGGAGGCGCUGUCUCCGUUGCUGCCGCUGCUCGUUGCUGUCGGAUCGAAGCUGCUGCAGUCAUCAACGGCGCCUGCCGCUGCAACAGCAGCAGCGGUUGCAAAGGCCCUGAGGGCUGCUGUUGCGGCAACGGGAGCCUGUGGGGAAGCACUGGCGGAGAAGCUCUUCAGUUUGACGUUGACUUGUCUUCGCUACAGCAGUAGCAGCCACCGCAACAGCAGCAGCCGCAGCAGUAGCAGCAAAACGAGCAGAAACCUCAAGGGCAGCAGCGGACAUGCUGCUGCUGAAGCUGCGAGGGAAGCUCUGCUGCUGCUGCAGCAAGUCGUGUGGGCUUUCCCUCGAGGUGUAUCUUCACCGGAGUGCGACGCCCUCUUAAGUGCUGUUCUCGAUGCUGCAGCACCAGAACUAGCUGGUGCGGCAGCGGAGAAUGAAGAUCUGCUCGAAGCAGCACAGGAGAACGUUCCGCAUGCAGCAGCAGCACUUGCGGCCCUUCUAGCUGCUAAGGCCAUAGCAGGCGUGCAGCAGCAGCAGGUGAAGCAGCAGCAACAGGCAAAGCAGCAGCAACAGCAACGGCAGCAGGUUUCACUCAACUAUCUCGACGAACCGGCGGAUGCUUUGGCGGCGAGCAGCAUCUCAACGGACUUUGUAUCUCUUUCAUUGGGGCAGUGUAUGACUACAGCAGCAGCUACGUCUGCAGCAGCAGCAGCUGCUACUAAGGGUCUUUAUUCCGAAGUGCGCAGCGUUGAAGAUGCCCUAGCUUUAGUACGAAAGCAGUGGCUACUGCUGCAUGUGAGGGCAGCAGCUGAUGCAAAAAGGGGCUCUUCAGGGUCUGCAGCAGCAGCAAAGUACAUUCCGGUGUUGCCACCGCAGCAGCGGGACACCUUGCUGCUGCAUUCAAAGGCAAGGCAACAGGGAAUGCUGCGUCAGGUGCUUGCUGCUGCUGUGCCGUGUUUUUGCCGCUUCUUGCUGCGGUAUCUUCCCCCUGUGUCUCUCGUUAGCAUAGCAGUAGAGUGUCUGCUCACCUUGUUGUCGCAGCUGACAGUAGCUGAGUCUUGCUGCAGCUGCAGCAAGAGGGGAGGGGGCAGCCAAGGCCUGAAGGAACAAUGCGUAGGGGCCUGCCGCUGCUGCUGCAGCUGCAACAAAAGCCUUGCUCUUGGUGCGUCCUGUCUCUCCCUGGAGACGCUUCACUCUCAGGCACUCGUGUCGCAUGCAGCGCAGCAGCUGCUGCUGCUGCUGCAACCGCAGCAACAACUGGGCCUUCUGGACUGCUUGAGCCGGGCCAUAGCAGCAGCAGCAACAAGGACAGCAGCGCCGCAAGAGUCCACUGCAGCAAGAAGGUCUGUUGGCUGCAGCAGCAGCGGGGUCAGCCUUGCGCACCCACUGCUACUGCGUGCAGCCUUAAAUAUAUUGGAAGCUGCUGUCGUCGCCACGGGAGAGGCGGGUGUAGUGGCUUACCCGUCUUCACUGCAUGCAGCUUUAGUCUCCAUUCUAACUGUAAAAAGUCCACUGCAGCAGGGGCAGCAGCAACAGCAGCUGCGCUGUGCCUUUUGGCCUGCGGUGCAGCGACAAGCAGCUGCGUGCAUCUGGCGGGCCAGGUCUUUUUCGCGUUCCCAUUUGGCUUUUAGCUCCAUGAAACUCGAGCUGAUCGAGGCAGCAACAGCGGCAGCUGAAUCGGCCCUCCAAACACAGGGCAAGUGUCUGGACGCUCUCCAGUUUGCAGGGCUGUGGGGUGCCUGUCUCGGCCUCGCUGCCUCCAUCGCCACUGUGGCUCACACAGGGCUGCAGCAGACAGCCACAGCAGCAACAGAAGCACCAGCGGCUGCAGCGGCAGCUCCAGAGGCAGCGGCAGCUACAAAGGAAGAAGGAGAACUCAACAAUAUCACCGCAUUGCUAGGCCUGCUGGCACGGGGAGGACCAGAAGCGCGCGCGUGCUUCUUUUUGCUUGCAGAAACCUUGCUGAGGUUGCCUCCUGCUGCUUCUGGAGCUUCCGCUGCAGCAGCCACUGCUGCUCCACUUCCUGUGGGAAACGAAGAUACGAAGCAGGCGAUGUUGCUCUCGCCAGCUGUUUGCUGCAUUCUACGCUCUAGCCGCAAAGCGCUGUCUCUUAGUGACUCCAACAGUACCAUUAGCCGUCUUCUACACAUCGCUGGUGCUGCUUGGGAAGCAGUGGUUGCAGCCAAGCAACACACACCCGAAGCUGCGGUAUUUGCUGCAGCAGAUACCGGGCCUGAUGCACCACCCGAGACGCCGGCAGCACACAAAGAAACUCCGGCAUCAGCAGCAGCAGCAGCCAAAUGCUUACUCUUAGAACUCACCUGCGCAUUCAAGGCUCUCGCUGCAUUCAUGCGACAACAGCCAGAAGCAGCAGCAGCAACAUAUGAUGCGGAUACUGUCCCCGACUUUGUGACAUUGGUCAUUGAGGCUUCUUUCAUUGUGUGCUGCUGCCGCUGCAGCAGGAGCAACAGCAAGGAGGACACUCUGGAGAGUAUGAUAAUGCGUGAGGAAGGAUUGUCGGCGACACAACAGCGGCAGCAUCACCAGCAGCAAGUCUGCUGCAGUUGCUUCUAUAGGCGUUCUGUCGCGCCGGUUGCUGUUGCGCAUGCUGGACUCGAAGCAGCCGCACUCGAGGCUUUAUCUCUUUUGCCUCACAUCCAGAUCCAUUGCAGGAACCAGCAGCACCAGGAGUUGGUGCUGCAAUUAGCUCUAGCUGCUGUAACCAUUCCCGCUGAAGCAGCUUCUCAGUUUCCCGCAGCUGCAGUGGCCUGCUGCAUGAGCCCGUCCGCCAUAGCGCCAGCAGCGGCUCUGCACGCUGCUCUUCUGGAGCAACUACAGCAACAGCAGCUCCUUGUGCACCAGCUACUCCUGCAGCAACAGCAGCAGGAGACGGCGGAUCCAGCUCUUUUCGUAGGGUGCGGAACUGGAGUGGACAACAUGAGGGGCCCCACCCUUUGGGAGGCUCAGUGGCGAUGCGCUGCUGAUGUGACUACGGCUGCUUUCAAUGCCUUGCGGUUGCCAGCACUUGUGGCAGCAGCAGCCUCCGCACAAGCAGCACAUGGCUCAGCAGAAACAGGAUGGAGAGCAGACUAUCCGCCGCACGUCCUCCGCGUCUUGCAGGGAGCGCUCCUGCUCCGCCGCCUCUUGCUGGGCUGCAGCUUGUGCUCGGCCGCAGCAGAAGCGGCACUGCAGAAAACUGCAUGGACAGCCUGCUGCAGCUGGCGAAGGCAGCUGCCUUCAACUGCGUCCUCUGAUGCCUCCGUGUCCCGUCUUACCCGCCGCAGCAGCAAAAUCGGGGAAGGAAAAGCAGGAGCAGCUUGCGCUACUGCUGGAGUGCAUAACAAACCUUCUGGAGGCCUCAAGGCUAGCAGGCCGCAGCAGCUGCUGCAGCGCCUCGGUUUUCUACGCCUGAAGAAGAAGAGCUUUUGCGCCGCUCGUGCAGCCUCCUUUGCUGAAGACGCGUGCUUUGCUGCUGAACAUGGCCCCAGUGACUUUUCAUCAGAAAGCAUCGAAGGCAGUGCGCUGCAAAUGAGCAUUGUUGCGGCGGUGCUGUCAGGAGUCUUUCGAACACGCCCAGACUUGCUGUGCUCGCCUGCGGAGAAGCAGCAGCAGCAGCAGGUCUCGUCGUCAGUCGUUGACACUCUGUGGUGUUGCUGCGAGAAGGCCCUGGCCACUGCACCGCCACUUGAACGGCUUCUCUAUGCGGAUGUUGCAGGGGGCUUGUACAGUCUUUUGCGGAUUGCGGAUUCGCCGACACAGCAGCAGCCGCAGGACACAGCAGCAAUACAAGGUAUGCAAGGCAUAAACAAGCAUCUGGAGGCCUUCUUACAGAUGCCUGUAGGAGCGCCAUUGACGGGGAGGCAAGAAGCGCCGUUGCUGAUGAGUCCAAGUCGGCUCUGCGGCGUAUCCCUUCUUGCGGCUCGCCUGCUGCCUUUGCUUCAGCAUUCUGAUGUCUCAGCAACAGCAGCCGCUGAUGGCAGCAGCAAGUGCUGUCUAGACCUCCUGAAACUAGCGCUGGUUGCCACUUCCUCAAUUGAGGCAGCAGAAGAGGCUGCUGCUGCUGUUGAUCCUGUGGCACCGGCUGCAACAAAUCAGAAUCCAUUUGAAGCAAAUGUGUCUUCCUCGUGCGCACUUCUGUGCGUUAUUCGCUUCCUAGGGGUAGCGCUCCCAGCUGUUGCUUCAGAUGCGGCUGCAGCAGCGUGCUUGACGACGGACCCAACGGCAUCAGCAGCAGCAUCAGCCGAAUGUCAAGCUGACUCGACGUGCCCCCAGGGACAGCAGCGGCUGCAGCGGCAGCAACGAAGCGUAUUGCAGCAGCAACUAUUCAGGGCUCUGCACUUUGCGUUUCUUUUGCGUUCGUCUCAGUCUGACCUUUCUCGCGCUGCAGUGCUGGCUGCUGAUGCGGCGAGGCAUUUGCUGGAGUGUCUGCUUCAGCAAGCUACAACAGCAGCUGCGGCCGGACCUUUCGCGCUGCUGUCGGCCACUGAAGAUUUUAUAGCACAUGCAGCUAGGGAAGCCUCUUACCUCCUUUCGGUUUCAUUUCAGUGUGCGGCUGACAGCAGCAACAGCAGCAGCAGCAGCGGGAUCGUUCUGCAGCUCGUAGCUGCCACUCCUGCGCUGCGGUGCCUCACGGCGUUGAUGUGCAUUCAGUUCUCGGCCUCAGAGGCACGGAAGACAGCAAUCGCAGCAGAAGGGGAGGGCAACUCUCUUGCUACUGCAGCGUUGUCGCUUCGCGCGCUGCUGCCUGUUGCAGUUGCUGCAACGGAGUUCGCAAUUGCCUCGCCUUCGCCCGUUGUUCGGAGGGAGGCGGCGCGGAGUUUGCUGUCAAUCUCGCGUCCACUGAAGGAGACGGCGUGGGGCCCCACAAUCGCAGCAGCAGCCGCUGCCGCACCUCCAGCGGUAGCAGCAGCAGCUGCUGCGCCUGUAGCAGGAGACCCGCAACUGGCUCUCUUUUUGCUAGAGGCGCUCAACUCGGAAUGCGAUGCGCUGCAGAAGCAGUUGCUGCUGCAGGUGCUGCACCAGCAAGUCCGAAUCUGGGGGCCGACGAAUUUCACGCAGUGGGUAUCGCUCCUUACGGCAUUAUGCUGCAGCUGCAUUCCCGCUUCGUCUCCCUGUACACACCAACUCUCUACUUUGCGGCCCAGCAGCAGUUGCACCGGCAGGAAAAGCAGCUCUACCGCGGCUGGCUUGCUGCAACGAGCUCAGCAGCUGCUUCCGCAGACCCCCAAGAUGCUGCUCUCUCCUCUUGCUGCUGCGCGCCCUCUCCCAGCCCUCACAGGCUUUGUUUGGAGACCCUUACCGGGUGUAUCUGCACCUGGAGAAGCACAAUGGCAAGAUGAAUGCUGUGACGAUACGAGAAACAGCAGCAACCACAACGACUGCAACGGAGCGGAAGUUGAGCCGAUUGUCUGUUUGGCAGCCGCAGAAUGUCUUGAGUUGCUGCUGACCCUCCCGGAGCAGUACACGCAAAACAGUUGGAGUGGUCCUGUUGCUUAUGGGUACCAGGCAAGGCACUCUGAAACUGAGGCAGCAGCACCAGCAGGACCACUUCUCAUUGAUCACCUUCCUUUGCUUGUCCAAGCUGCAUGUGAGCUGCUGUGGCAGGGGAUACGACGGCAGCAGCAACAACAGCAGCAACGCAGUGCACUGGCCAGCGACGGGGACAUUUCAUUAGCUCGGUGGGGCCUGCGGAUUUUGCUGCUGCUGCUGCAGCGGCUGACUAGACCUUCUUCAGACUGCACAGGCACGCAGUUGCUGCUUCCAGUGCAACAACUGCAGCAGUAUGAGGUCGCUGUUUCCUCUGCGAUUUCCGCGCUGUUGCGUUGCUACGCAGCGUCUUCGGCUUCUGAGCGUCUUGAGGCGCCUGAAGCUAUAGCCACUGUUGCAGCAGCAGUAGCAGAAGCAUUUGCUGUAGCUGAAGGGGAGACGGCUUUAGCACAGCGCCGAGCUGCUUUGACGCGUCUCAGUGCAGCAGCAGCUGGAGGGAAUGCGGCUUACGAUGAGGAGAACCAGCAGCAGCAGCAGUCACAAAAGCCGCUGGAACAACAACAACUCUUGGCUAUGGCGCUGGAGGUGAUGGUAAGGUUCGCUGAGGCCGGCUGCUGCCUUAGCCCUUGGCGGCUGGUGGGGCAGCUGCUUCUGCCACUCGGAGACGUAGAGCAGGCAGCAGCUGCUUUGGUGGCAGCAGCGGCAGCAGCAACGCCAGCAGCGGAUCCAUCUGACUGGCUGUUGCGCCAUCGUCUCCGCUUGGCUUGUCGGUUGAUUGGCCAUGUUGUAGCUGCUGCAGCGCCUAGUGCAGGUGCUGCCCCUUGUACUCGCACUGCUGCUGCAAAUGUCUUUGAAGAACAGCACGAGCAGUGGGUUGCAGCAAUCGAGCCCUGUGCCGUUCCUCUGGCACUGCAUAUCAUGGCAUCUCUAGUCAAGAGGCACCAUCAGUCAGAACAGGAGGAACAGGAGCUACUUGAGGGGUUGGCGCUGCUGUCGCGGCCGCUUUCACCCGGACGCGGCGGGAGGUCAGCUGCUGCCGCUUCCGCGUUUGCUGCACUGACAGCAGCUUCGUGCACCGGCAAUGCAGGAGGAACAGCAACUGCAGCAGAACCAGCAGCAGCAUCAAGCUUGGGACUUGCCGAGGCAUGCUGCACCGUUUUGAAUGAUCUGGCUGAUGCUUUGCUUCGGCCCCUGGAGACAGUAGCAGCGGCACGUGAAUCUUGUCCUGCUGCAACAGAGUGGUCUAAGGCGACCGCAGACGGGGUGUGCUGGAGGAUAGAGUUGAUUGGCAACCUGCUGCUGUGUUUUUGCUUCCCGCAGGGCCCUCUGCAGCAGCAACGGCAGCAGCUACCACAAUGCCAGCAGCAGCAGGAGCAGCAACUUGAAGAAGAUUGGGCGGAGGAGUGGCUGGGAGCAGACACCCCAACAGUCUCCUCUUGCAUUCCAGUUCCCGGUACUGCCCCUGCAGACACCUCCACUUCUGGGGUUUCUGCUGAGGGUUCAGCGGCUGCCGUGUGUUUGUAUCCCGAUAUGUUGCGCCGGGCAUGUGAGGUUGCCGGGCGUCUAGCGGCACCAUCAGCCAAGGGUGCUGCAGCAGCGGCGGGGCUGCAGGCGCAGGACCAAGGCGACGCUGGUGCGGAAGCUGCCGCUGCUUUUAGUCUGCCGCACGGGGACCAUAACCUGUCAGAGGAGGCUAAAAAGGCAAAGGCUGCACAAGCCGUAUCAGCAUCAAAAGUUGAAGUGGCAUGCGUACGGGCGGCUGGGUCCGCAACAGGAAGGAUUCUCUAUUGUUGCAUUUACCUCCUGUGGAGCCUCUCUGCUGCGCUGCUGCACAACCCAGCAGUGCUAGCUGAAGAGCCUGCAGCCUUCGCCUUUUUCUCAGCAACGCGGAACGUCUCUGCAGCUGCUCUUUGGCUGUCUGUUGAUGCAGCGCCGCCUCCACUAGCAGCAGCGGAAGAGGAUAGACCUUCUGGCAGGCUGUGUGGGGCUGCUCUAUCCCUGCUGCAGCGAGGUUUCUCCGUCGUGGCUGUGAUGCCCUCAGCGCGUGCAGCAUCUUCUGCGUUCUCUCUGCUGCUUUCCGCUUUGGACUGCCCUACAUUUCCUUCGCGGCUUUGCAGUGGGGCAUCAAACAGUGUCUCUCCAGUCGAGGCCAUGGGCUUACUACGUAGGCUUUACGAGUCGGCAUCCCGCGCUGCAGCAGCAGCAGCAGCAGCAGCAACGACCAAAGAAACAGCUGCAGCUGCACAUGAGGCCAGCGCCAGUCUACUGGGGCACUGCGCGGGCCUCAUUGAGUCAGCUGUUUCGAGUUUCACAGGGACAGGAGCUCUGGGAAACAAGCCGCCGACGGCAAUUGCUGCUACUGCAUCCGCUGUCGGUUCUUCUGCUCCAGGGAAUACUGGAGGCGUACUGGCUCUUGCUGCAGCCCUUGUGGUUGUAGGCGCUCUUGCGCUGACGAAUGGUCCCUGGAAUAGCAGCGCCUUAAAUGAACAGAAGCAGCAGCCACACAAGCCAGAGCCGGAAUGGUGUGCACGCAUAAGGACUGCUUUGCAGCGAUUGAGUGAAUUUGCGUAUGUAGUUGACGCAUGCGGGGGUCGUGGGGCGCUUGCAGCUGCUGCAGCACGGGAAAAUGAUUCGGAGGAAGAAAGUGGGACUCCUGGCAGCGCAGCGACGGCAAAACCGUUCCUCCUAAGAGCAGAUGGUCGAGGACCCGGCGAAGCAGACGCUGCACUGGUCCUCGAAAAGGCAGCAGCUACAACAGUUACAUCAGCUACUACAGAACAAGGUGGUAAAGGCACAGCAGCAGGCUCUGUGCUCCCCUGGGCAGCUCCUUGUCAGCAUGCUGCAGCGCAGCUGCGGGGAUUUUUGCUGCGCAUUGCCAAUGUCUGCAAUCAGUGUGCGACCGCUUCACCUGAUUCUUUCCCGUCUCUUCUCGCAGCAGCAGCAGUAUCCUGUCUCAUUCCUGUGCUGUCCCCAUACCCCUCCGGGGUCCUCAACGGUGGCGCCAGCAGCACCUGCGUUGAGCACGGCAAAAGCAGCCACGAUAGCUGGAGCCAACUAUCCACGAUAAAGACACAGCAGACCCACCCUCUGAAGACCUUAGAGGCCUUCUUGGUGGAGCUGUCCCCGCAAAAUAAAAACGCCCCCAACGGCAGUGGCGUGUCUCCUCUCUGUGAGGCGUUGGUAGAUGCACUGCGCUCUGUCAUUGCUGGGGUUCUUAAAGUUCAAGCUGAGGCAGAGGCACCAGCCGUAGAGGGAGCACCAGUGCCGAGAGCAGCAUCAGCAGCUUCAGCCGUGGCAGCAGCAGUCACAGGAACAGCAACAACACACUCAUCGACAACGCCAUCAAAAUCAGCACUUGUUGCACCAGACUCUGUUGCAACAGCGGUAGCAGUGGCAGCAGCGCCAGAAGGAGCAGCAACAGGAGCAGCGGCAACGGAUUCAGCAGCCCCAGAGUCAGCAGCACUAGCAGCAGCUUCAGACUGUGUAGCAACAGAUGCAAUAGAAAUAGGUACAGUAUCAGAUUCAGCAGUACCAGAUUCAGCAGCGGCUACACCAGCAGAAGCUGCAGCACCACCAGAGUCACCAGGCGAUUCGCAGACCGUCGCAGCGGCAGUGGAGGCACCCGGAUUAACACCAACAGGGACAGUGGGAUACCCAGAGGCAUGUGAAGCAAGGAGAGCCGCCUACCUUGCUGCUGCCGCGAGCCUGCUGUAUCUUGCAGUGUAUAGGCACCCCUCUAUAUCAGCAAGAGCGAUCGAAGCGGCAGCAGCUACUGCACGCGCUGAAGCGGCGACUGAUGUAACGGCGGCGUCUGCACCCGCAAGCCGCACACAAGAGGUAAAGGCAGCGGUGGCACGUCUGCUGCAGGAAGAGUUAGCACGAAAGCAGCGCGGGGAAACCUGA